CUCUGACUAAGUUCAAGUUCUCUGUCUUCCCGGUCUUGUGAAUCUGUCGCCUCAGCUUCAGGACCACGCUGGGCGCUUUCCUGCCAGGGUUUGGGUUUCUUUGAGUGCAUUCAGCUGUUACAGCUGUCAGACCUGCCUGACUCCUUCUGAGAUAUCUGUUGAUCUCAAGUACAUAUCGUAACACUAACAAGAAGAAAGGGCAUGGCGCAACCAGGCUCUUGAAAUCUGGGGCAUUUUGAGCUGCAUUCCUUGCAUUUGUAUUGGGAGUUUCAUCGAGCAUGGCGAGCAAGGACAAGCGCAAGAAGGGCGCCAGAGGCGAUGGCGCCAGCAGCUUCAGCGGUGCGAAUCCGCACGCUUCCUCUGGCGGGUGCAACUGCGAGGGCUGCUUGCGGAUGCUGGCAGCCAGUGGCCGCACCGAUGAUCGGGAUCCUUUCAACUUGCGCUUCUCUCAAAUGAGACAGCGGCUGGAAAAGUGUGUAAGAGCUGUGCCAACUCGGCUGCUGAAGGCAGGGAUGAAGGGGCCCUCUCUGGCGAAGUGCCUGCAGGACCUCACUUUCAUCAGGAUGGAGGAGGAGUAUGAUCAGCAGUUGAAGGAGGCUCACGCCCUCGCAAAGUUUGACCCGGCGAGGCCCAUUCUUGCGGCGGGGCUCUACUCAGAAGCCGAAGAAUGUCAGGUGGCGGCUCUCAUGUGCUUCUACAGCUAUGUCAAGGACGGCGACUUUGAGCGUGGCUUUCCAUCGUGGUGCAACGCUCUCAAGAGGCAUAUGGAGCUCCUGGACUCAGAGGACUACGAGGUGGUAAGCUAUGCGGCGAUGUCCAUCGCACUUCUCGGCAACUCCCCGUACUUCUGCGACGUGAACCCCACUGGAGGCCUCCAGCAUCGCUUCUAUGAGAUAGGGGCGGUGCACAAGAUGAUGGCGCUCAUGAGCAAGCAACCGACGAGACGCAAGCAGAGGGGAACCGACACACUGGAGGUCGUUAAGAUGGAGUGCUGCUACGCGCUAGCUGGGCUGCUGGCCAACUACGUCGCGCUCCGUCAACCCUGGGUUCCGGAGCGGGUUAUCUCGGAACCCGCUUUUCUCGACAGUGUGAUCAAGCUGACGUACUGCCCCCAGAAAGGAGGCGAAGUGCAGCGCAUGGCCCUCAUGUGCUUAGGGAGCAUCGCCCAGAUGACCGAUGAUGUCAAGGCGGAGGUGGUGAGGCUGGGGGGGCGCGAAGCGGCGGAGAAGGCGCUCAAAAUGCCAUUUGCGGACUCGUCCGUGGGUCGGGACCAGGAGACCAAGCGCCGGGCGGUUAUCGUCAUCAAGGCGCUGAUGUCAGUCGCGCCGUCAGCACCGCCCAAGAAGCCGGUGCCGUCCGCCGACCAGAUCGCCGCCAUGAGCGUCCGCGAGCUCGAGGAGCUGCUGACGCAGCACAACGUCAGCACGCAGGGGUGCGUCGAAAAAGCGGACCUCCAGAACAAAGCGCACGCGUUGCUCGGGGGCUCUGCGUCUGAUUCCGCAGCCCCGGCGGCCGCUUCCGCCGAGGAAACGAAGAGCGGAAUCCCGGGAGCGGAAAGGAGGGAAAACGGCUCGCCCGGAACGGGAGUUGAGGAUAAGGAUGAAGUGGAGAAAAAGGAGUCAAGGGCGUGGGGGGUGGUCGACAGAAAAGUGGACGGGCUUCCAAGCACGGUCGAGGUGCUGGCGAUGCCGACGAAAGACAUUCUGGCCUGGUUGCGGCGGCUGGAGGUCAGCACGGAGGGUUGUCUGGAGCGGCAGGAUUUGGCGCUGAAGCUCAUGGGCCAACUGCAGCUGAUGCACACGGCAGCGGCGAUGGCCGAAGAAGACGACGCCGCUCCGCCUACUCUAGACCUCGCCCUCCCGUCCGACGAAACUUCCGCCGGCGAUGCCACGUCAGCAGCGCUGAUGGACCUUUUCAACACCGCGACGAACAAAGCCGCGCGCUUAGCGGCCGAAGAAGCGCUCGCGCAGCUGUCGAUGAGCGAGGACCUUCCCGCGGACAUCUCGCUGGAGCGCGCGAUCCUGCUGGUCGUCAAGGGCAAGUCGGCGGCCACGAAGCGCAUGGGGCUGACUGUUGUCGUUGCGGCGAUCGACAAGAGCGGGCACGAGUUGCGUCACCGGCUGGAUGCGGCGGGCGUGCUCAAGGCGACGGUGCGGCUGCUGCACGAGCGGGACCGUCCCUCCCGCUGGCACGUCGUCGAGGCGCUCUGCACCUUCGCCAAGAGCCCCUCGCUCGCGCCCAAGAUCUGGGGCUACGGCGCGAUGGGUCCGAUUCUGGAGGAGGUCAAGAGCCCGGACGUGCUGCGCGCCAUCAAGAAGCAGAAGCGCGGGGUCGUGGACGGGGACCCGUACUCGCUCAUCAUGCUGUGCAGCCUGCGGCUCUUGGCCAACAUGCUGAUUCCCGCCAGCAUGGAAGACUUCUGCAGACCGGAAGGGGGCACAGUGCUCACAAGCUCCAACCAGAGCACCGUUAAUACGGACCCCUUCACGCGUAAGCUCGGGCGGUGGCUCGUCAAGAGCGGCGUGCAUUCGCAGAUCGCGAGCAUGCUGGGCAUCGCGCGGUCCACUGGUUGGACUCGUGCCACGCAGGACAGGGAGAUCACAAUCAGCGUCGUUCAGCAAGGGGGGCGUGUGUUGCAGCUGCUGGUGCAGAACACGGAUGUUGCGGAAGCGAUCAUUGGUCUACCCGACAUCCUGCCUACGAUGGCCCACUUUGUGCAGCAGUACAGAGUGAGCCCGGAAGAGGCCGCUGCGGCGGCCAUCUUUCUGACACACGUGCUCCAGUUUCACGAGGACAAGAUCGACAAGCUCUGGGGGGCGGAGAGCAUAGCGCGAACCGCCGAGGCGCUGAAAACGGCGCUGGUCUCUAACGUCCUCUCGCCACCCGACUUCACAUCGCACUCCGUCCUGCUCGCGCUCUUGGCCAGCCGCCUGGCGGCUGGCGCCGGUGUGAACGGGCCCCCGGCCGGCGCCAGUGUGAAUACGCCCCCGUCCCCCUGGCAGACAGCGGUUGCGGCGACCUUGUCGCCGCGUUUUACGGCGGGCGUGAAAACGGAACCGGGAACGGAAAGGGAAGCGGAAGAGGGAAGCCAAACCGGCGCCGUCGCGCUUACUGCGGCAGGGACUGCCAAAUGCAGGACUGGAAGCAACACAAGAAGACCUGUAAAGAGAGAGAUGCCUAGCACGUUGCGCUUCGUCGCUGGUCGUGGGGACCACCGUAAGAAUCACGGAAGACAGAAUGAGCAUGGACCGGAACGGAUCCGCAAAGGCUGCCCCCUUCCAGCUUUUUAUAGCAAGCCAUUAAUGAAGCGAGACUCCAAGUCUCCAAGAGUAGAGACAUUUCCUGAAAUUGGGCUGCUCCUAAGAAAUCUUGAAGGAAGGGCUCAAAACUGUCUUCACAACAGUGAUUUUUCGUUGUGCUCUGGACAAUUGUGCUAUUGUCUGGUUCUUGAGACAGAGUCGAAGGAGCAUUGA